ACGAUGACGGUCGAGUUUGUCGACGUUCCUCGCCUCUUUCCGAGCUCAACUACGAUCGCAUGCCACUUUGUGCACAGCAUCAGCUCUCAGCCAACCGACGGAGCCUGGAUCGCUCUCCUGAAGGUUGGAUGGCGGACGGUCGCUACGUACUUUUGUUUUGAGUGGGCCUCUGUUGCUGCUUACGGAAAAGACAAUGUCAAGGUGAUAUUAUUCCAGGAGAAGUCGCUGCCAAACGACACGAGCAAGGAUCAGUAUCAGUUUGUGUAUGUCGACGGGAAGGGUCAAGUGUUGGGGUCGAGUGAUCCUUUCACUUUCUCCCACGAUGGAGACAGCAUGUCGUCGUUUGAGUACGUGUCGACGAGCUUAGAGUCGACGCCGCUCAAGUUUGACACAAGACAAGAUGGCGAUGACGAAGGAGGUGGGUUGCAAAGUGUUGGGAACGUUCACGCCCCCGUCAAAGGCGCCGAAAAUUGUGAAGACGUGAGCCAAGCGGAAAAGGAAAGUGGGGUGAAACCCGGGGCGGAUGAGAUGGACGCGACGAUUUUGAACGGAGAAGUUGAAGAUCUACAAGCUCAGGAAUUUGGGAGGAAAGAAAUUGAACAGCAGACAGUUAUAGUUUCUCGGGAAAGUCACACUCAAGUAGUGGAGGUUAAUGAUGCAACAACGGGAAUGGAAGAAGUGGAUGAAGAGGAGGGAUCACGUGAUUGUGUUCACAAGGUAGAAGGAGCUGGUAGCAGUGGAUUGAGUGAGACCGAAAAUGAGGUGGUGAAAUUACAGGCUAUUUCUCAGGAAGAAAUGUGGAUUGAAGGAGCUCAGACAGAAUCCAGACAAUCUGGAUUGUCUAGACAAUUAGUAGAUGUCCAACCUCUACAGGAACCAGGAUGUUUGGCUACUUGUUCCUACCAAGUAGGAAGUAACCAGGAAAAUGGAAAUAGUGAGUCUAUGGAUAGAGAUGAAGAUGUCAAACCUUCGGCUCCUCUUGAGGUACCAACAGAUGAGCUGCCAGUCAGCAUGGAAAGUUCAAGGUCACAGUCUGAUGAUGAUGAUGUUCUCGAUGCUGUAGCUAUGAUGAAAGAAGUUAUUGAACUGAGGGAGGAGAUCAGUCUUCUCAAGGAUAGAAACCUUGCUCUUGAAAAUGUUGUAAAGGAGUAUAUCGCCAUUGCAGCUCCUCUCGAUAAGAGUAAUGCAGCUCUGCAAAGCAUGUGGAAAAUUGAGAAUCAGGCAUACAAUAGAGUAUCUGAAAAACUGAAAGGAAGUUACAAGAAACUAGCUGAGGAUAAGGCAACAAUUGCCAUGCUGGAAGAUAAAAUAAACACCGAACUGAAGUCAAAGGAGGCAAUAAAAGUCGAACUGACACGGUGUCAGGAGGCACACCAUGAGGUCACACUACAGCUGCACGUCAUUCAGAGAAAUCUGAUGAGGGUCGAGAAGGAAAAAGAUGAUAGUUGUUUAGAGUUAAAGGAAACACAAAAAGAGAAACAAGAGUUGGAAGUUCAACUGCGCGAGAAAGAGAAUGAGUAUAAUAAAAUGCUCCACCAUGUUGGAAAACUGGAAGUCCGGUGUGAAACGCUGAAUGAGCAGAUCCACGUGAGAGACAGACAAACGGAGAUUCUUUUUGGAACAACAAGCGACUAUCUACAGCAAAAUUCAGGCAGUAUUCCUCUCAGCAGCACUUCUGAUGUUUGUAUUGCUUGUCCACCAAGUGUACAAGAGGAAAUGAGUCAAGUUGACAAUCCUUCUUAUGUCAUAUCUAAAUCUGAGCAACAUGCUGGUGCAAGCAAGACCAGUUCCUCGAGUCGGAAACAUAGCAAAAAGCAUACCAGUCGGAAAGACAGAAAGCGAGACAGACACAGGAAGGACCCUGCCCAGAUUGAGGUGGUGCCGGUUACACUCACAGAGGACAUAUCUAAUCCUUCCAGGUGUUUUGCAUGUGGCCUAAUAUUUCCUAUUGAUGCUACAGCUGAUGACCGAAGAAGACACUUUGAAGAUCACUAUGAAGAUCAAGAAACAGCAUCCUCAGAGGCAAUCUAAGAGGCUAUACUCAUUGUUGGUAUCAGUAUCUUGUGUGUUGAAUAGAUACAUAUCUUGCUUGAAAAGUGAAGCAUAUUUUAGCGUUUGAGUUGGGGACAGUCUAAAGCACUUUGCUUGGAAUUCUAGCUGAACCAUUUGCGUUUGUAACCAUGGUACAUGUUUGUAAUGAUUAUGUUUGUAUGCACUAGCGUAUUCUAUGCAUAUUGUAUGCAAUAUACCAAAAUUUGUUGCUUGUA